UACGGUUGUGGGCCCAAGGUCAUGCGGGGGUACUAUAAGACUGAACGACUUGAUGCCAAACUUUACACUAAACUCUCCAUACUUCUACCAACCAUCGACGGAUGCGUAUGUGGUGUGUUUAUGGCACGUAUAUGCUUCCUCGGGAAAUAAGGUAGAGAUUACUUGGUUGGAAGUGGACACUCCAAGUAAUUGGUUAUAUCUCUAUGACUACCCAUCAUAUACCAACUACAUAAUUUCAUAUCUACGUGGGGACUUUGAUGAUGAUAUCUCACCUGUGGUAUCUUCACAUGGUGGAUGGACGAUUCAACACUAUGACAGCUACUCGGGUAACAACGGAAGAGGCUUCCUCGCACGAUUCAGUCAAAGAGAUACCCAGUACUAUUCUUCCUCGGCAUCAUGUGGUGGCACAAUCCCGUUGACACAGUCUUCACCAAAUGCUACCUUUUCAACUCCAUACUACUAUCAGACCUCUCUAGCCAAUGUUGUCAUGGACUGCUGGUGGUAUAUUUCAAGCCCCUCAGGAAAGCAGGUCCACCUUACGGUUUUAGAUAUGUUAACCGGAAUCAAUGAGAAAAUAGAAAUUUAUGACUACCCGACAUCAUCGCCAUCAUCUUACCGUGUAUCUGAGCUUUCUGGACAACUAAAAUCCCCAGUUAAUGUCGUGUCUUCGCGCGGAGGAGUGACAGUAGAAUACGACGACUUUGGAUCUGCUAAUAACGGGCCCGGGUUUCUGUUCGAAGCGAAGAUUAUAGAUGAACUGCCUUCGGAUAUUUCGGGUUCCUGUGGCGGAGAGAUCCAUUUGAGUACAAGUAUCCCCAGAGUCAGCAUCACUACUCCACUGUACUAUCAAGGUUCUUCAGCUAAUGUCUUAAUAGACUGUUGGUGGUAUGUUACAAGUCCCUCUGGCAAGGAAGUCGAGUUAAGCGUACACGAUAUGCAUACUAAGAACGAGUACGUUCGUAUUUUCGACCAUAAAAGCGAUAUAUACAUGUAUUCACAGAACCAGAUAUCUCAUCUACGUGGCAAUGUCAGUGAUUCUACAGUGGUUUCAACAAGAGGAGGCUUCUCUAUAGAGUUCGAUGAUACAUCGAGUACUGGAAAUGGACGAGGCUUUGCCAUGGAUGUCGCACUAACAGACGAAUUAUCCUGGGAUUCGGAGGGCAUUGAUUCUUGUGGUCAGACGGUACACUUGGACGAUUCUUCACCAUCUAUAUCAUUUCAAACACCCACCUAUCCUGUGGAGGUAGCCAAUGAUGACUACACGUGUUUCUGGUAUUUCACAUGCCCAUAUGGAUACCGAAUUUCAUUGCUUUUCAACGAUUUUGACACUUUCUCUGGUUCCCGCUUGUAUGUCUAUGAUAAUGAUUAUUUUUAUUCAACCAAUCUGUUGGCUGCCAUAUCUGCGAGUUCACUCCCGGGAACAGCACCCAUUCAAUCAUCUAGUAAUCGACUAACGUUGCAUUACGACGAUGCUGACUGGAGUGACAUAACAAAUCAACGCGGGAUAAAAGCUAAUGCUUACAUUAUACCGUUAGAAGAUCCAGCAUGGGACAAUAUGGAACCGAUGUCUUCAUGUGGUAGCGCUAUUAAAUUGACUGAUCAAGAUAGUAGCAUCCAACUAUCUACACCCGAUUACCCAUAUGUAAGCGGCAACUACUACGCGUGCUCGUGGUUUAUACAAUGCCCCAGCCAAACGGCAGUUCGAAUCGAUUUUAACGACUUCGGGAUUGACUCGUCCGGAUAUAUUCGUGUACACGAUGGCCCGAAUACCGCAUAUUCUGUGAUUCAACACUCAACUGGCUCAAACACGCCGAGUAGUACGGUUUCAAGCAGCAACACUAUGACUGUGUACUACUCCAACAAUUUUGGGACUUCUGGCAAAGGAGCUAGUUUCGGCAUUAGCUGUGUAUUUGAAGUCGAUGUGGAGUGUGACAGUUCAUCUAUGACGGUCUACCUGGACAGGAGGCUUCUUGCAAACGGAACCCAAUCGGAAGAUAUCCAUUUUGAGAAUGUUCAUGAUGAUGGAUGCACAGGAAGAGACCAUAACAACAAUCAAAUCGUACUCUACACCAGAUACAAUAGGUGCUCAACCAGGCUAAAGGAAACCGAUACGAAAAUUAUCUACUCUAACAUGGUAACUUACCACACACCUCGACCAAUCCUGGGCACGGUAAUCACUCGUGAGAAUAUCCUUAAGAUACCUGUCGCAUGCGAGCUUGAUAGACAUCGGCUCCUGGGUGAUUCCUUCGUUCCCAAGACCGGUGAAAUAGUCUUCAACGAAACAGGCUACGGUGACUUUUCACUUCGACUCGAUCGCUACGCAGAUGCAACUUUCGACGAAUUCGCGGAUGAUAACGAAGGCGAGAUUAUUCUUGGAGAACACCUUUACUUUGCUGUUAAUCUGACAUCAGUAGCUGGCUUGUCUGUCUUUAUCGAGAACUGCUGGGCUACACCAUCUUACUACCCGAAUGAUCAAAAGAGUUAUAACUUUCUUACUAAUGGAUGCCCAGAUGAUCCCACCAUGGCUAUGUUACACUCUUCUGAUCCUUCGUUUGCUAAGUUUGUCAUUGAUGCUUUCACAUUCAUUGAUGAAAAUCCACAGGUCUUCCUCCACUGCGAGGUACUUGUUUGCAAUGAUGAACCAUUAUCUCGAUGUGCUCAAGGAUGUCAAAGUAGAUUCAGACGAGGUAGCCGCCACACCCGUGGAACUAGUUCAACACCUCAUCUUAUCUCUAAUGGACCUUUGUCAACAGUUCACUCCUCUCUUACAGCAGAAAGCCAUGAUGAUGCGGUCGUCAGUGCGGAAUCGGGAGUUUUGAUUGGCUUAUUUGCGUGUAUCACGUGCUUGAUUGUUGCCAUGGUAGCUGUAGUGCUCUAUAUGAUGCCAAAGCGACGUAUGCUCCAACAUAAAUACCACCUUGUGAAUGACAGCAAUGAGGAUGAUGAGUGAUCUGGAUGUCAUGAAGGAAAAUUUAAGUUUUUGGAAAAGGAAAUGAAAAAUAUUAGCUUCUUACCCAUCAAAUAUUUUUAACAAUUCCCUCUAAGAAAAAAGCCAAUCAAAGAUGAAACAAGAAUACAUGUGAUCAAGAAUCAAAUGAAUAAAAGUGCAGUUCGAUAUAGGUACGUGAUUUAAAAAAACAGUUCGAGGUGUUCCGGGGUUCCAUAUUUAUGUAUCAACAGAGUACUGGUAAAGACACGGCAAAUAUACUGUACAAUUCAAGUUUACUCAAUACAGAUAAGUUUGUUAUAAUCGUAGUCACCAAACAAUAUUCAAAAAAUUCUUUAUCAAAACUUAGAGCUUACAUCUAAUUUGAAAUAUCAUCAUAUUCGGCCCUAAUACUAAAAAAUACCUUUUCUAUGUUUGCAUCUGAAGAGAUCAUUAAAAACAUAAAUAUUGGUAAACACAUGUGCUCAUAUUUAUCCUAGAUUUAUAUCGCAGAACACAGAGUUCUAUAACCGGUAAUUUUGAGUCCCUCUGUUCAAUGUGAUUUGCUUUCAGACUUUACAUCUCGGGCGCUUUGGUUCAAUUUUGUAUGCAAUAACGACAUGUUAAAUCUAAUCGAAUCUACUUAUUAAAAACUCUAUUCCAACUUUAUUGCUUAUGUUAAUUUCCAAAAAAAGCGAGAAUACUUUGGAUCAAUUUCGAUCGGACCUUCGAUCUUUGGAGUGGUCUGAUGUCAUUGAAAAGGUUGUGAUCGGAAAUCACUUUAAAAUUUUUUGAAUGACUAUCAAAUCCACAUUGCUUUUUAGAUUAUCAUUAUUUCAGUUUGAAAUAAAUAAGAUAAA